GUUCAAGAAGGCGUUUGAGUCAGAGCCAACAUUACAGUCAGGAAUUAAUUAUGCAGUACUCCUCCUGGCAGCUGGACAUUGCUUUGAUACUUCUUUUGAGCUGCGGAAAGUUGGAGUAAAGAUCAGCAGCCUACUUGGUAAAAAGGGGAGCUUGGAGAAACUGCAGAGCUAUUGGGAAGUGGGAUCUUUCUUGGGGGCCAGUAUGUUGGCUAAUGACCAUAUAAGAGUGAUCCAGGCUUCAGAAAAGCUGUUUAAGCUAAAGGCACCAGCAUGGUACCUGAAGUCUAUUGUAGAGACUAUUUUGAUAUAUCAGCAUUUUAAGAAACUGACUCCAGAACAACAUACAGCCAAACAGGAACUUGUGGACUUCUGGAUGGACUUCCUUGUUGAAGCCACAAAGACAGAUGUGUCUGUAGUUCGAUUUCCAGUUUUAAUAUUAGAACCAACAAAAAUCUAUCAGCCCUCGUAUCUCUCCAUCAACAGUGAAGCUGAGGAGAAGACUGUAUCUAUCUGGCAUGUGUUGCCUGAUGACAAGAAAGGUAUCCAUGAGUGGAACUUCAGUGCUGCUUCAAUCAGGGGAGUAAGCAUAUCGAAGUUUGAAGAACGCUGCUGUUUCCUGUAUGUGCUGCACAACUCGGAUGACUUUCAAAUCUAUUUCUGCACAGAACUUCAUUGCAGAAGGUUUUUUGACAUGGUGAACAGUAUCAUUGAAGACAUAGGGAAGACUACAGAGGAAGGGGAAUGUGAUGGAGACUCUCUAGAAUAUGAUUAUGAAUAUGAUGAAAAUGGUGAGCGAGUCAUCCUGGGGAAAGGAACCUACGGCAUUGUAUAUGCGGGACGAGAUUUGAGCAAUCAAGUCAGAAUUGCUAUUAAAGAAAUCCCAGAGAGAGACAGCAGGUACUCCCAACCUCUGCAUGAGGAAAUAGCUUUGCAUAAGCAUCUCAAGCAUAAGAACAUUGUCCAGUAUUUGGGUUCUCUUAGUGAGAAUGGCUUCAUUAAGAUAUUCAUGGAACAGGUGCCAGGUGGCAGCCUUUCUGCUCUUCUACGAUCAAAAUGGGGACCAUUAAAAAAUAAUGAGCAGACAAUUGGCUUUUACACCAAGCAGAUUCUUGAAGGAUUAAAAUACCUCCAUGAUAAUCAAAUAGUGCAUCGAGACAUAAAGGGUGAUAACGUGCUUAUCAACACGUACAGUGGAGUGUUAAAGAUUUCAGACUUUGGAACUUCAAAGAGACUUGCAGGAAUCAACCCAUGUACUGAAACUUUCACUGGUACCCUUCAGUAUAUGGCACCAGAAAUCAUAGACAAAGGGCCACGUGGCUAUGGGAAAGCUGCAGACAUCUGGUCUUUGGGAUGCACCAUCAUUGAGAUGGCUACAGGGAAGCCCCCGUUUUAUGAACUGGGAGAACCACAAGCAGCUAUGUUUAAGGUGGGAAUGUUUAAAAUACACCCAGAGAUUCCUGAAUCCAUGUCUGCAGAAGCCAAAGCUUUCAUAUUGCGUUGCUUUGAACCAGAUCCUGAUAAACGAGCUUUUGCUCAUGAGCUACUUAUAGAUGAAUUCUUGAAGGUUUCAAGCAAAAAAAGAAAGUCCCAGUCAAAGCUCUCAGUUCUUUCAGCUAACACAAAUGAGUAUCUUCGGAGUAUAUCCUUACCUGUCCCUGUUUUGGUGGAAGAUACAAGUAGCAGCAGUGAAUAUGGUUCUGUCUCACCUGAUACAGAAUUAAAAAUUGAUCCAUUCUCUUUCAAAACAAGAGCCAAAUCCUGUGGAGAAAAAGAUGGGAAAGGAAUCCGUUCCCUUUUUCUGAGUAUCCCAGAUGAAAAUUUUGAGGAUCACAGUGCACCUCCUUCACCUGAAGAGAAAGAUUCUGGGUUUUUCAUGCUGAAGAAGGAUAGUGAAAGGAGAGCCACCCUUCACAGGAUAUUGACUGAAGACCAAGAGAAGGUGGUGAGGAACUUGAUGGAAGCUUUGGCUCAG